CCGGAGGAAGCAACGAUUGAACUGGAAGAGGAACAAGCAGCAGAAUCUCAAGAGAGAGAGAGAGAGAGAGAGACGCCCUUCUGUUGGUCCAACUUCACCUUAUAAUUGUGUGUGUGUGUGAGUGUGAGUGUGGCUCCACUUUGAUUGCUGGUGCCCACGAUGGAGCCGAAGGAGAAGCGACCCAAGACGUGUCUGCCCAUCUGUGCUGCCCACCGGCUGGUCCCCGGGACCCGGGUCAGGCACAGCUACCCCCGGCGUGUGGAGGAGGCUGUGUGCGGACUCAUCGCGCUCCUCUACGAGGUGUCCUAUCGCUUCCAGGCUCUGAUGGAGCUUUUUCAACAAGAUGAUGUUGCUCUGCCGAGAGUUUCCGGUUAUUUCCGCAAAGCUGCUGAAGUGGAGGAGAAAAAUGCCGAAACACUGCUCAAUUAUCAAACCGAACGAGGGGGUCAUUACUGCGCCAAGGAUAUCCAGAAACCCAGAACAGAUGAGAUCAGGAACACUCGGCAGGCAUUGGAACUUGCUCUCCAUCAAUGGAAAAUGAUGGCGACUUUCCUGGAGGAGCUGUACUGGCUGAGCAAGGGGAGCAAGGACCCUCACACAGCCAGCUUCAUCAGGAAACAGCUGCUCGCCCCCAAAAUACAACAGAUUAAAGUGGCCGGCGAUCUGAUCACCAACGCCAACAGGCUGGGCUGUACAAAUGAGGGGGAGAGCAGCUUUGGGGAGUACUUGAUCGACCGGCUGCAGGAAGAGUUGGACGGAUCUGCUUGAGAUUGUGAUCCCAGUAUGUUCGACUAGCCCGAAACCAAAGAUCCCAGUUCCGCUCCCCACAAUAUUUCCCUGAGCCCACUCCCUCCCUUUGUAGAAUUACUCUGGCCUCUACUUCCUCAAAUGGGUCCAUUACUAACGACAGCAACUGAGCAGUAUGUAGUAAUUUUGUAUCACAGUCAAUGUACUUUACAUGUAGUCUGUGAAGCGCUUUGAGACAUCUCAACGACGUGAUCAGGUGCUAUAUCAAAUACAAGAAUUAUUAUUUCAAUCCACGACUGUUUGUGGGACACUGCUGUGUGCAAUUGGCUGCCAUGUUUCACCCACAAAAUAUAGAGUCAAUUCACUUUAAAGUGUAUCCAGUGAAGCGCUUUGAAACGUCUUGAAGACUGAUAAGGAUAUAGAUGAAAUGCAAGGAUUAUUAUUAUUAAAACAGGUCAAGCGAACAGUUUUAAGCAACCCUUAUGAUGGACUCAACAACUCAAUUGUCCAUGGAUCCCUUUGGUUAAGAGAACCUCUAGUCUUACGAUUCUUUUAUAUUCCCAUUUACCCCCCAAAAAGGCACAGAUUGGAGGCAAGUGUUGAAAAGCUCGACCCUUUUCACAAAGGUUUUCCCCAGACAUGCGUCCGUUUCAAAUGAAGUAAAUAUUGUUUGAGGGUACAACACAAGAUUUAAUCUGAUUGAGAUUUUUUUUUGCAAGAUUUAAAAUAGUAAUAAUAAUAAUCCUU